AGACAGAGAGACAGAGAGAGAGAGAGAGAGAGAGAGAGAGAGAGAGACAGAGAGAGAGAGAGAGAGAGAGAGAGAGAGUGAGAGAGAUGAUCCCUCGCUCGCUCACACAUGCAGUGUUGGUGAAGCAGCGUGUGGGUUGGACUGGCAGCAGACAGAAGAGGAGAGACGCUUUAAUCCAUCGCUGACGGCAGAACAGGACUCAACCAGACAGCGUCUGUAUUCACACACGUAUGAGACGAUUCACCGGACACCCUGUACAGUCAGGAGAUUUCACCUGAAAGAACUUUUCUGCAGGAGGACAGAGCGAGUUUUUACACUAGAUUUCUGGAAGUCAAACACUCAUCACGCUGGUGCUGGAUUAUAACUGAUGCAUUUUGGCUUCUUUUGGAGGUUUUUGAAGAAAAAUGUCUGACUGAAAGCGUCCGUCUACACACGGAUUCCAGCUUCGGCUCAUGGAGAACUUCCAAGCGUCCACGCGGUGAGCGUUCAGUGGUUGUGCGUCGCGUGUGAAUGCACCUCGGCCGGAGCGAACUGGGAUGUGAUCUGAGUGCAGUCGGUGAACGCUGGACCCGAGCCAUGAGAUCAGGGCCGGGGGGGAGAACGGUCUGAGCUCCCCGAACGUACCCGUCAGGACCCGCCGGGGCAGAAUGGUACCUCCCCCUCCCACCAACAAGCCGCACGUGUGCCUGUCGGCCAUCAUCAUCAUGAGCAGUAUGGCACUGAUGGACACGUACCUGGUGGAGCAGAACCAUGGGCCGGGCAAGAUCGGCGUCUGCAUCAUGGUGACGGUGGGUGAGCUAUGUUUCUUCAUCGUGCUGCGUUACGUGAGCGUGUGGGUGGGAGCCGAAGUGAGGAGCGCCAAGAGAGGCUACGCCAUGAUCCUCUGGUUCCUCUACGUCUUCGUCUUGGAGAUUAAGCUUUAUUUCAUUUACCAGAAUUACAAGGCGGACCGCAAGAGUCUGGACGCUUUGGCGCGGAAAGCCCUGACAGUCCUGCUCUCCGUCUGCGUCCCUGCGCUCUUCGUCACGUUGGUGGCUGUCGACCGCAUGGACUACGUGAAGGCUUUCAAGAAGAAGGAGGAGAUCCGAAACCGCUUGUUCUGGGUGGUGGUGGAUCUGUUGGACGUUCUGGACGUUCAGGCCAACCUGUGGGAGCCGCAGAAGAAGGGUCUUCCCCUUUGGGUGGAGGGAUUGAUGUUUUUUUACUGUUACGUUCUUUUGUUAGUGUUGCCGUGUGUGUCUCUCAGUGAGAUCAGCAUGCAGGGCGUCAACAUUAGCCCUCACAAGAUGAUGCUCUACCCCAUCCUCAGUCUGAUCACCAUUAAUGUCGUAACUCUCUUCAUUCGCGGAGGGAAUAUGAUUCUUUAUAAAGACAGCCGGGUGUCAGGGAUACUGAUGGGGAAAAACGUACUGGCCAUCGUUCUGAAGAUGUGCAGCUUCGCGCAGUAUAGGAGACAUCUUCGCAACGCUCCGCCGACGUUUGGAGCCGAACUGCAGAAGAGCUCGGUACCGUCUGCACGAUCGACCCAGAACCCGUUGAGGACAACACCGCACGAGCAAACACCAAUACCAGAGGUUACAACCUGCGAACAUACGUGACAAAACACACACUUCUGUGAUUAGCUGACUAGAUGUACUACACAUUUGUCUGAUAUCUACUGCACAAACACACACACAUGCUGGGUGGGUUUUAGGGGACAUUCCAUAGAUGUAAUAAUUUCUAUACUGUACAAACUGUAUAUCAUAUUCUCUACCCUAACUCUAACAAUCACACAACACUUUCUGCUCUUUUAGAUUUUCAAAAAAGUUAAUUCUGUAUGACUUAUAUGCUUGUUUCUUCAUGGGGACCAACAAAUGUCCCCACAAGGAUAAGGAUUUUGAUGUCUUUAUGGGGAUGUUGUUCCCAUACCGUAGGGUUUACCCUACCCACAGACACACACAGACACAUACACACACGCAGAGACACAAAUACACACGCAGAGACACAAAUACACAUGCACAGACACAAAUACACACUUACAGACACAAAUAAACACACAAAGACACGCACACACUCACACACAUAUUCUGUUUGGUAUUACACAUCCCUGAAGUUCAUGAUGCUCUGUGGAUGUUUCUAAUGGAUCAGGGGUUUUCUGAAACGGGCUAAAGAAUGUUUUCUCUCUGUUGCUGUGUGUGUGUGUGUUUGUUCCAUCAGAAAAACUCAGAAAUGUUUGUAUUCUACUGAAGGGUUUAAGAUCAAGGAUUUCAUUGUAAUGUCGUUUUGAUUUCUCUGAGAGUUCUCCUCUAACUCCUCAUCUGUUGAUGUCUAAAUGUACGAUCAUUUAAUGGAGGUCA